GACAACCAGCUGAAACAGCUAGAUGCACGCAUUGCUACCUUGGAGGCAAGGCCUCCCCAAGCAGCGCCAGGCUGCACGACAGAUAUGACAGACAUGACGAAGCAGCUCAAUGGGCGCAUUGAUCAUGUCGUCAAUCUCAUCGGCGACAUAGGUGUUUUCAAUGGGCCGGACACGAUCAGUAGCACGGUGGCCGCCAUCAAGACGGACAUCACCAAGCUGCAGACGAAACCGGACGCCGCCACGAAGAAUUACAAGAUGCCGCAGUUCGACAUCAGCAAGUUCGACGACCACAACAAGACGGACGCUUUGGCAUGGUGGCAACGUUUCCUCACGGAAGCAUCAUGCCGCACUGUCCCGGCCGACGACAUGAUGAAGGCGCUAUACUUGCAACUGAUUGGAGGAGCGCAAGCAUGGAUGAACCAUCUGGCGACUACCCACAAAUGCACCAUCGCCGAACUCCACACGCACCUCACGUGGAAAGAUUUCGAGAAGCUAUGGUUCACCCAGUUCAUGAUCCGCAACGUCCUGAAGGCAGCCAUGAACGAGGUGUACACCUGCUCUCAAGGGAGUAUGCCAACUCGAGACUGGACAACCAAGUGGCAGAAGAUAGUGACCACGCCAGGCUUCGAUUUGAGCUUUCCUAAUCAACGAUCCGAGUUCUUCUCCCGAUCGUGCGCAGGAUUGCGGUCGGCACUCGGUAACGAGUACGACUAUACCUCGUUCCAAGCUAUCCUGGAUCGCGCAAACCUGGUCAUCCAAACGGACGACAAGGCCGCUAACGAGAAACAAUCCCAGCCGCAUUAUGUGGCUAAGCAGGGCUAUCAACGUCCGACACAUAACAAUUUCGUGAUUUCUGAAGAAACAGACGACCUCCACGUUGCAGCAGCAUCCUCGAGUGAUGGAGGAAUUGUAGCAGCGCUCCCGCCGAAGAGUCCCAAGAGAGUUCGGAAGAACAAGGCGACACAAGAGACGGCAUCGACGGGAACUAGGCAGCAGCCAUGGACGGCUUACAAGAUAACCAAGGAUGUCUAUGACCUUCGUCAAAAGUACGGAUACUGCCUUUGGUGCAACGGCGUCAUGCAUUUGACCGCACAAUGCCCCGAAAAGGGCAAGACACGCGCAACCUGUAGUGCCUUGAUUGAUUGCGGAGCGUCUCGCAACUUCAUGAGCCAAGCCUUUACGGCCCGCGCAGGCCUUGACCCGCGUGUUCGAAGGAAGACACAACCCACGCAAAUCGCACUCGCGGACGGCCGCACGCAAAAGUCAAUACACCGAUGCGUCGAUGACGUUCCGGUAUACUUUGCGCCACUUGCGUGCGAGCCGGUGUCUUUUGACAUCCUCGACACCAAGUUCGACAUGAUUCUAGGCAUGUCUUGGUUGCGUAGCGCCGAUCAUCCGGUGAACUUUCAUGACCGAACCGUUCACAUCUGUGAUCGGAACGGAGUGUUARUCCCAUGUACGGUCGCGACCCCUCACACUUCGAUUGCUUGUCACGUGGAUUCCGUUGCGAGAAUUCGCGACGCCAUUGCUCGGAAUGACGUCGAGGAGAUGGGCCUUGUAUUCUUGCAUGAUCUCCCCUCGCCGGACGAACCAGCCGCGUCACCGCCGGACCCACCCAUUUCUCACCUCUUGGACGAGUAUAGAGACGUCUUCGAGGUUCCCACCGGAACGGUUCCGGAUCGGCCCAUACGUCAUGGGAUCACUCUCGAGGCUGGCGCCGUCCCUCCGCGUGGAUGUAUCUACCGCAUGAGCGAAGAGGAACUCGAGGUGCUUCGCGCACAACUCGAUGACCUUCUCGACAAGGGCUGGAUUCGCCCUAGUUGCUCGCCAUACGGUGCCCCUGUUCUCUUCAUCCGGAAGAAGAACAAAGAUCUACGGUUAUGCAUCGAUUAUUGAAAACUUAACGCACAAACCGU